AUGAUCGGAAGACUGGUAGUCACCAUUAAUAAAACUAGCGGAGUCUUCACAACUACCAGAGGUGUCGAGGGAACAAAUCGAAAGAAUUGUUACUUCAUUGAGGAGUUUUUUAUGCCCAAAUUUGGCAGUGCCUCAUUUUUAAGUGACAUGGUAUUAUUCGUGAAUGAAUCGUUAAAUGCUCUUCUUUUCAGAGAAAUUCUUCUGGCUCCAAUGAUAGUUGCUGGAAUGUUAGGACGAGUUGAUGUGAAAGCAAGGGCAAGAGGAUCCGGUGGAAUAACGGCAUUACCUCGUGCUGUUCGACAUGGAACAGCCCUCGGAAUAGCCGCGCUCUACCCGAAAACAAUGGAGCCGUUACGUCUCGGUUUGUUACUAACUCCUUAUUGGCGAUUUGAUUAA